GAAUCACGAAGUUGGGUUAAUGAGGAGACAAAUUCUUUGUGGCUGUAAGGCUGGGAGAGUCGAACAGCCUCAGAUCCUGGGGAUGGGAAUUUUCUUCCUGAGUUGGUAAAACACUACUUUACUUGCUUGCCCUCACGGAACUCCACUGGCAUACACAUCCCCCGAACAUCAACAAAACCCACUGGAAGAAUUAACGUAAGGACGCAUUGCAGAUUGUAGAAGCUGAAUCCCAGUAAACUGAACAGGCAUGAUGCAGAGGAAGCUUGUGCUGCUGGUUGGCAUCACCACGUUUACCUUCCUCAUGACGCUGUGGUGGGAGCAUGUGAUACACCUGGUGAACCUGAUGAGAAGCGAAAGACCCUCAGCUGAGCCUGAACAGUGGCCAGAACCCACACUGCAGUCACGACAAUGUGCGCCCCCGGACCCCAUCACCCCCAUCCCAGGCUCAAAACACCUCAUGGUGUCUGCCUUUAAGGACCACAGACUGGGUGGGGCCAUCCGGGUCAUCAGCAUCAUCUGCAGGCAGGAGCUGCAGCCGCUCUACUGUGUCCUGUGUGCCAAUGAUGACACUAAUGCCAAUGCUAAAUGUAGUACUAGCACUGAUGCUAAGGAUCUGAGUCGGUGCACCACUUCACAGGCAAAAGUUGAUGUGCACGUAGACCACUUUGGCUUUCCUUUUCAGACUUCAGAUGUGUUUUGCACGAGUCCAUCAUCACAGCAAGCCACACAUGUUAGUAUAACAAGUGACGAAACCGCCAUGCACAAUUUGACAUUUUUACGAAUCCAGAACCUGGAGGUUAAAGAGUCAUUUAGGUACAACUUCACCAUAUGCAUAUCCAGCCUAUUUGGGGAGUACAAUAAUGCUCUCCAGUUUGUGCAGACCAUGGAGGUGUACAAGUUGAUUGGGGUUCAGAGGGUUGUCAUCUACAACACCAGCUGUGGCCCAGAUGUUGAGAAAGUUAUUACGUAUUACAGGAGAGAGGGUAUGCUGGAAGUUGUGCCUUGGCCUAUAGACAAGUUUCUAAUGCCCUCUGCUGGGUGGAAGCAUGUCAGACACCCUGGGGACAUCCACUAUUAUGGACAACUGACCACUCUGAAUGAAUGCAUGUACAGAUACAUGUACCAGUCAAAGUACCUCCUGCUGCAUGAUCUUGACGAGAUCAUUAUGCCUUACAAACAUGCCAACCUGAACAAGCUAAUGGACUCACUACAGUUAAACCAUCCCAAGACAGGAGUCUUCAUAAUCAAUAACUAUGUCUUCCCUACCACAGAGUUCGAUAAGAGCAGCCGAUUUCAUCUGCCUCAGUGGAACAGCGUGCCUGGUGUGAACAUCCUGGAGCACAUCUACCAACAGCCGGCCAGGAAGAAUGUGGAUAAUCCCGCCAAGCUGAUUAUCAACCCACAGAGAGUGGAGCAGACAUCUGUCCACUCUACACUGAAGCAGGUCGGAAGUUAUGUCAUCAUCCCAUUUAAUACAUGCCGGACCAUCCACAUCAAGCACUCACAUCUAAACAUUUCCAGAAGCCGACUGAUUGUGGACAAGAAACUCUGGGAGUUUGCAGAAAUAUUAAUUCCCAGAAUUGAUCAAGCUCUGGAGGAAUCAGAUUGGGAGGCGUUGGAUUUGAAAUCAGCCACAAAAGACUGUGUCAAAUUCCAGAAGAGCUUCAAAAUCAGUGACGCACGGAUGCUGGACCUAAGCACCAACAAGGUUGGUAUCAAGACAACAUCCAAUGGAGAGUACAAUUACUACAGUGUGCUGAAGCGGGGAAAGCGAUGGGCUGACCUAAAACCUGAGGUCAUUGCAAAGCAGACCUCUGUGAAGGCUGCAAAGAAACGUGAUGUGCUGGGCCUAGGUGUGUUGGAUGAGGUCAGGGCUUUUUAUGGAGAAGUUCUGUAUGAGGUGGCUGACAAUAACGGCCAGAGUGAUGAGGAUGCAGAGUGA